GCCCGAACAAAUGUCAUAACAAACCCUAGCAAAGGAAAAAAAAAUACUCUGAUCGCUGCUCAGUGAAGUGGUGUUAAAUUAUUGUAAAUUUAGGGUUCAUAAUCUUUUGCAGACGAAACUAAAAUGCCUGAAGCGAGUACGGCCGUGUUUGAGAAAGAUAAUUUCAAUGCUGAAAAGUAUGUGAAAAAUCUCGUACAGGAUUGCGUCGGUGGUCCGGAAUUGCAACAAACGAAACAGAAAAUUCAAGCUCUCAGUGAAACCGUAUCGUCCACGCUAAAGAAACAUGUGUACGAAAAUUAUAUGCAGUUCAUCGAAACGGCAAAAGAGAUCUCGCAUCUCGAGUCGGAAAUGUACCAACUUUCACACAUACUCAUAGAGCAACGCAAUUUAUUAACCACACUACGAGACGAAUCGCUGUUGGACGACCAGAAAAACAUAAUCGAAGAGCAAAGCCUUGAUCCGAACGUGAAUGAGGAGCAACAAAACAAGAAAGCAAUACAGCUCAUCAAGGAAUCCCUGAUCGGUUACAAAGGGAAUCUGGAUGAUAAGGUUUUCAUCCACGAAGGAGGUCUUAUUGAACUGGAUUCAAACGACUAUCGGCCAAUUUGCCGCAUUCAUCUGUUUCUGUUCAACGAAGUGCUGGUGCUAGCCAAAGUUCGAAAUGAAAAGAAGCUUGAAUUUCAAACGGAAUACGAAACGAAGAAGAUAGCCGUGAUAAACAUUAAGGAUUUGGACGGGGUGAACAAGAAUGCGAUUAACGUGAUUACCAGCGAUGGGGCGCGUAUGUUUCAGUGCAUCAACUCCGCUGCCAAGCAGGAGUGGAUCGACAAGUUCGAACUGGCCAUCAAAUUCCACCAGUUGAAGAAACCGAAGAAAGCGCAAGCCCCACAGCCACCAACAACGUUGAAGUUUGAGGCACCGCAAAAAUCGACCGACAGUGAACUGCUUACGCUUAGCCCGACAGCAUCGGAAAUGGGGCGCGUCAUCGUGGAAAAUUUACCUCCCGAGUGGCUCGUAACGGCACCGGAAGAAAUCCAAGCGGAAAUAGCACAGCGGCAUUUCGAAGACUGUUUGGCGUUGCUACAAAAAUGCGAAGAACAUCUUACCCACGACAGCACAUUCCAUGGGGCAGCCGAAAUUAGAGAAAAAAUAAAAGCCCUCAAAGCUUCGCUUGCUUCGGUGCUUAUGCACGAAUUGUCCAACUCGCAGAGCCGCAGUUUGCAGGCAGCGCUGCGGUCUAGCCGUCGGCCACUGAAAUUGCUGGUCGAGAUGGAAAAGUCACGCGAAGCUUGCGGUAUUUUGCUGCGUGUUUGCACGAGUGCUAUCCGAUCCUCGCAGCGACAGGCGCGCCGUAACAAUUUGGCCGUUUCGGAACUGUUCUUCUGCGAUGUGGCACUAGUUGCUAGCGAGUUCCUGCGUGCAUUCAGCACGAAAGCUUCCUGCACGAGUGCGCUAAUCGUGUGGUGCAAUAUGGAGCUGCAGUACUUUGCCUCCCAGCUCAUUAAGCACUAUCUCACGAAAGAUACCCAGCUGGAAAUGGUGGCAAAGGUGGUGGAAGGCGUUCGAGAACCCUGCCAAAAGUUGCGCGAGAUAGGGCUGGAUCUUUCCUACCAUAUGGAGGGUCUGUUGCGCAGUACACUCGGUCAACUGUUGGACGAAGCCAGGUACCGAUUGGUGGAUUCCAUCGGUCGCACCGAAGACCCGUGGCAACCGUAUAAUCUGCAAACGAAAACUGGUCUUCGUACGCUGUUGAAGGAGUUCGACGUGUUGGGGAUUGACUUUCGCGCGUACGUUACCGGUGAUACGUGGAUUAAUCUUACGCAAGCAACGGUGAAUUUCUGUCGACAUCUUCUACAAACGACGGAAAGCUGUGCUUAUCUGGCAAAAUACGAUUCACUACAGCGCGAUGCAGAGAUGCUCAUCCGCGAGCUGUUCCUUUCGCAGCAUUCAAAUAAACCUCCCAAUUCACUGAAUGCUGAUAUGAACUUUGUACUGAAAAACAAAACAUACAUGACGGAAGUAUUGUUACCAAUUGCGAUGAAACGAUUUGAACGGAUUGCUGGCAAAAAACCGGAUCUGCUAAUGGAGUUACACACGCAGCUGCGAACUGUACCACCAAAACCGAAGCCACGUAGCGUAUAUCAGACAGAUGUACUCUAAACGGAAAUGCCGAGGCAAGAUCCUUCUUUAUUUUAGCUUUACAAUAUACACUAUACUAAUAUAAUCGAGCAUAUACCUAUCGCGA